AUGCGGCUGCUCCCAGAAUGGCUCCUCUUGCUCUUUGGCCCGUGGCUCCUUAGGAAGGCCGUCAGUGCUCAGAUACCAGCGUCCAGGAGGCCGCAGUACCUGGAGCUGCGCCCCACCACGGCCGGACCGGGCGCCUCUGGCCAACUGCUCCCGUCGCCCAAGGCUUCCGACGGCCUGGGCCCCGCCCGCGCCUGGAGCUGGGCCUGGCCGGCUAACCACACGGGGGCGCUGGUCAGGGCCGGGGCGGCCGGGGAGACCCGGGCGCUGCCCUCGCCGCGCACCAAGAGGAAGCCAUCCAUCAAAGCGGCCCGCGCCAAAAAGAUUUUUGGCUGGGGAGACUUCUACUUUCGGGUGCAUACCCUCAAAUUCUCGCUGCUGGUGACCGGCAAGAUCGUGGACCAUGUAAACGGUACCUUCAGUGUGUAUUUCCGCCACAAUUCGUCCAGCCUGGGUAACCUCAGUGUCAGUAUCGUUCCGCCCUCCAAGCGUGUCGAGUUCGGGGGCGUCUGGCUGCCGGGGUCCGCCCCCCACCCUCUGCAGUCUACGCUGGCCCUGGAGGGGGUGCUUCCUAGGCUGGGGCCCCCACUGGGGAUGGCGACAGCAGCGGCGGGGCCCGAGCUUGGGGGCACCUUUGGGGGCGCACUGGCAGGGUCACUUGGGGGCGCGCUGGGAGUGCCCGGGGCCAAAGAGUCACAUGCUUUCAACUGCCACGUGGAGUAUGAGAAGACAAACCGCGCGCGCAAGCACCGCCCGUGCCUGUACGACCCAUCGCAGGUGUGCUUCACUGAGCACACGCAGAGCCAGGCGGCCUGGCUCUGUGCCAAGCCCUUCAAAGUCAUCUGCAUCUUCGUCUCUUUCCUCAGCUUUGACUACAAACUGGUGCAGAAGGUGUGCCCAGACUAUAACUUCCAGAGCGAGCACCCCUACUUUGGAUAGCGCGCCCCACCCCAGCCCGGCCCUGAGCUUCCCGCCAGAUCCUGGCCUAGCUAGGUGGGACCCCUCCCUGUACCCCGCCUCCCCUGAUCCUGUGGCCGCGUCCACCCCUUCCACUCAGGGGGCGGAGGCGAACAGCCGUCCCGGGGACCACCAGCCGAUGUGGGUCCCUUUUUCCUCAUGGGAAAUGCCCGCAAAGAGGCUGGGGUAGCCCUUUCCAAAACACCCUUAAGUGAAGGCAUAAUAGCGCAGCCUCACAACAGGCAGGGCUUGGAGGCCUCCUAGCGUCCCCUAUGUCCACACUGAGCCUCCUUUUUGCCCCUGGCGCUGGGCUGGGCACUCCCUCUGCCCACAGCUUUAAUAAGGCCUGGCCUGGCAUCCUCCUCCCAAUCUUUCUAUCCCCAAGCACUUGUCCUCCUGCUCUACCCUGUCCCCUGUGUAAAGACUUUAAAUACCCACCAACCCUGGCCUUUCCCCAUCCCUUUCUGCCUGCCAUAUGCCUGUCCCCUUUUCUUCGAACCCCACUAGGGUAGGGGAAGCAGAACUCCUGGGCACAGGCGCUCGCCGGGCCCCUGCGCUCUGCCCGCCUCCUUCCCGUCCCUGUAGUCCAGCUGUACCUGCCC